GCGGCUGUCACGAUCGGGUCCCCGCCACAGCGUGACAGGCUGCCGGCCGCAGUUUCCUAGCCUGCCGGACGAGGCGAAUGACGAGCUUUCCGUUGCAGAGCUCACUUCAGCGAUCAGCUCUUACGGCAGAGGACUUCGCUGGCGUCAGGCUGCAGAGUUGCUUCAGAGCCGGCUGUCCAAAAGUCUGCCGAAGCCCACGGUGGCGACCUACAAUGCAAUGAUUGAUGCCUGCGCCUGCAGUGGUCGGUGGGAGCAGGCAGUCGCCUGGCUCCACAGUCUACAGCGGGCGCAGCUUCAGCCUUCGGUCAUCACUUACAACAGCCUCAUCAAUGCCUGCGGCAGCAAGCAGUGGCGGAAGGCCUUCUAUUUCUUCCAGCGGAUUGCGGCCGAGGGCCUCAAGCCCACCGCAGUCACGGUGAGUAGCCUGGCCAACGCGAACCGCCGCAGAGGAGGAGCUCCGUCCCUCCUGGCACUGUGUCAUGCUGCGACCGUCAGGCCCGAUGUCGUGCUGUGCAACACGCAGUUGCGCGCUUACCAGCGAGAGUUGCGAUGGCAGCAAGCUGUGCGGGUGCUGCAGGAAGUCUUCGAACGUUUCGAACUUCAAGCAGACGAGGUGUCCUAUGCCACUUGUAUCAGUGCUUUGGAGCUCAGCCACCAGUGGCCGCUGGCUGUACGCCUGCUGCAGCGCAUGCGAGACCAUCAGAUCCGACCCAGCCUUGUGGCGUACAAUGCGACGAUGGCCACCUGUGAGAGCAGCAGCCAAUGGGAGAGGAUUCUUUCACUCUUCCAGACCCUACGUGACGACGGGCUAAAGCCAACACCGGUGACUGGUGAUGUUCUGCAGAUGGCAUGCGAAGCAGACUCGAGAUGGCGACUUGCAGUGGAGCUGGCCGCCAGGACCCCGUCUGGCUCUGCUGGAGCUGCAGGGCUUGUGAGCUGUUGCCAAGCGGCUUUGGCAGCUGGCCCAGCGAUGCAGGCAGUGCCUUCUGUCGCCGGCAAGGUUUCAGAGCAGCUGCAGCGCGAGAACACCUCGAGCCUGUUCGUUGUUUUCCGGCACUCCGUGGUGCAACUACUGCUGCAAAGCUCUGUGCUUUGGUGGCGACUUCUUUCGGGACUGCAGAAAGCCUUGGAGGAGGGUCUUCUGGGCAACAUCGUGCUGAAUUCCGCUGCAGCUCGGGUGCUCCUCUCCGAGUCCGCGGCCUCUGGCGGCGUCGUUCCUGGGGACCUGGUGUGUCAGCAGCUCGCCAGUGCCCAUUGGCUUCCCCGAGCUCCUCGCAUGGGGCUGCUUCCCGUGGUCUUGGAAUCUGCGACCCUGACAAGCGGCGAUUGGUCCACGGCCAUGGGACCGGAGAUGGUUUGGCCUUCUUUGUCUGAUCAGGCGAGGCGGCAGCACGGCAUUCGUUGA